AUGGAGCAAAAUUCCGCCGCCGCAUACGGCGGAGUAAUCAGCUACGAAGCAAAACUGAAAGAAUUACUCCAUAGAAUCACUUCACCGGAGAUAAAGCUAUGUUCCGACGCCACAAAAGAGUUCGUAAAGCUCUUAAAGAGCGACAACGGAGCAAAACUCCUCCGCGACUACGUUCUUGGUUCUCCCAAAUGCUCCGAGUUACUAGAAGCCUGGAAGUUACGACAAGGAAAACAAGAUAAAUUCGCGCGGUUGAUUGUUACGGAUUAUUUGAAUGAUUUAUAUAAAGAGUUGAAUGGGAAGGAAUUGAAACGGCAGAAAGCGGUUUUGUUGCUUUUGGCUUCGAUUGUUCGGCGGGGAGCGGGUAUAGCUUCGGAGGUUGCGAAGAGUUUUGAUUUUAAGGUUGCUGGAUUCACGGCAUUGGCGAAGAGGACGAGGAAAAGUGAAGGUAAGAGAGAGGUUCUGUUGAGGAAGUCGUUUGUUGGAUUCGCGAUGUCGUUUUUAGAGGUUGGGAAACCGGGAUUGUUGCGGUGGAUUUUGCAGCAGAGGGAGAUGUAUUCCGGCGUGCUUCGUGGAUUGGAGAAUGAUGAUGAUGAGACUGUUGUUUUUGUUUUGUCUACUUUGAGGGAUUAUGUUCUUGUUGAGGCGUCGUUGGUGCCACCGGGGUUGAGGAGUGUUUUGUUUGGGAGUGUUACUUUGGAGCAGUUGGUUGGGAUUUGUGGAAGGGAAGGUGGUGGAGAUGCUGCUAAAAUUGCUUUUGAUGUUCUUGUUUUGGUUUGUACUGAUCCAAGUAAUGGAUUGAUGCCUGAUUCGAAGAAGCGUCCGCAUCCUUUGAAGGGUAAUCAGAAGAGGAUGAUGGAUUUGUUGAAGAAGAUGUGGCCUACUGAGGUUCAGUAUCAUAGGGAUUUGCUUUUGGCUAUUGUCAAUGCCCGGCCUUCUUUUGGUUUGUUGUACUUAAAAGAGUUUCCUCACAAUGUUGAAAACUAUAAAUCAUCUUCAUGGAUUUUUGCAGUAUCUUUGGCAGCUGAUUUGGUUUCUUCAAUCAGCAAUGGCAUUUCCAAGGAAUUUGGUAAUUCCCGAUCAAAUGUUUCUUCCUCGAUCGACAACAUCGAUUUACUCGACAUUGUGAAGUGCUUGUUUCCUCGUCCAUUCAGCAGGUCAAUGUUUAAUAAGGGGUUGCAUCAUGCUAACUCUUUUGUGAAACAUGGUACUCUAAGGCUUCUUCUGGAGUUAUUAAAACUGCUGGAUUCCCUUUUUGGUGGUUUGAAUCAUAGUUCUAAUUCAGACAAUCCUUUGAUGCAACAUAUGGUAUCUGUCAAGCAAGAAAUUCAGAAUUAUGUUCAACCUUAUCUUCCUGAUCUGCAAGUUUUGUUAAAUUUACUCUCCUCUUUAGAUACGUGUUAUGAAUCUAAUAACUCUAGUUUGAAGAGAAAUGCAUCCCAUCAUGAGCAUGAUGGGAAUAGUAGAAAGAAGUUAAAAAUGGAUACUUCUGAGAGUGACAUAGAUAUAAUUGUUGGCGGGAUAAGUUCUGCUCCAGAUAUUGAUUUGAGUGGUGACACAGGAACUGUUGACGAUGCACUUAAAGAAGAUGCACCAGAUGAUGCAGAGGAUCUCAAGAAUAGCGUUGGGGAAGUAUGGGGUUUGGACCUUCAUUCCAUUGAUAUUAGCACCCUGAAAGAUGCAGAGUCAUACUUACUGUCUAAGCUGCUUGAUGCUCUCAGAUAUUAUCAUCGGACUUUGCCUUCAACUUUGGAUCAUUCCUUUGAUUCUUUCAAAGCUCUUCUUAAAAACCCAUUAGAGUUAACAAGUCAUCUGCAAGUCUCACUGUUGUCUUUGCUUGUUGAAUUCAUUCAAUGGUGUCCAGAGAAUGAAAUUCCUAUAAGAACUCCAGCCAUGUUGUACAAAUAUCUACAACCAUUCACUACUUUGUUUAUGUUUUCACCAAUAAAAAAGGCAAGGAAUCUGGCAUACCGGCUGGCCGUGGCAGCUAUGUUCAGUACUGGUGCUUUUGACGGGAAUUUUCAUGAGAUACAUUCAUGGUUUUUGUUUUUACCAGGUUUUCAAUGGGAGCAAUCCCCGGUUAAUAUCUUGGAGGUGGAUGUUUUACAUAAUUUGACCUUGUUUGUUAUAACAUUCUUAUGUGAUGCUGUUUCUACAAUCGGGAAUAGUUUAGUAAAAUAUUGGAACAUCCUUAAGAAUCGUAUACACUCUUCGGAAGGUGAUAAAGAUUUAUCUCCUGAUGUUAGUCCUUUUAUCAUAUGUGUACUGGAGAAGUGUCUAAAGGUGAUCCGAUCAAAAUCAGGAACCUGCUCGUUGCCUAAAAAAUCAAUAGUAUUAUCAUACACUUGCAACACAGUGAAAUACCUCUUGCAAACACAGGUCAAUGCUGAAUUGCUAUCUUCUGUAGUUAAUGCAGACUUGACUGAGAGACUUGGCGACAGUUAUGAAUAUGAUGAAGUCUUUCCUGAGUGGAAGCCUUUGAAGAAUUUGUUGGAUUUUGUGGAGGGUAUUUCACACCAACAAAAUUGUUGCCUUUUAUCUGGAAAAGAAGAAUCUGUCCAUCCUGAUGGUUCUUUAGGAAGUUCACUUGGUGAUGUAAAUAGACUACUAGGUGGAGGGGAUGAUCAUCGGAUGGCUGAAACAACUGUAGCUCUCAUAUCCUCCAUUGCAUGCGAAAAUACUGAUAAAAUAUCCAUGGAUCUGCCAUCAAGCGUGGUCAUUUCACGUGACUUACUUGACGUUCCUUUCUCUCUCCUGUCGUCUAUAUAUUUUCUUGAUUAUAGUGUUCUUGUCCAUGCUUCUAAGAUGUGGCCUGUGACGUUUUAUGCUGGCUUGGAUAUGGCCAUAUCAGAUCUGUGCAGUGAUAGUCAAAAUGCUGCUCCUAUUGAGACAUCUGAUCUUACAUUUUGUCCAGACUCUCUAACUUGUGGCCAACUCUUAGAUGCUUUUGAACCUGAUUCUGCUGCAUUUAGUAUCAUUCUAAAACAAGCACCUUUCCAUGUGAUAUUUCCUGCAAUGAUGUGUAUGAAUGGUCAUUGUGCAUCGAAGCUUUCUAAGAUGCAAGAUCUUCUGCUACAUAAGUUAUGUGAAUUCGUAAAUGACCACUCACUCCUUCCCAGUCUGCAGCUUGUGCUGUUUUGGACUCAUCAGAUUCAGCAAAGUCAUAAAGUUAUCCCAUUAGCUGAAAUAGAACAACUUUUGAAUAUCUGUGUUGUUCUUGUACAGAACCUAUUAGCAAAGUUAUUGGUUCCGGAAAGUUCUGAUUUGUCUAUAAAAGACUCUGCUUUCUCUUUCUCAAGCCAUUACGUUGAAGAAGUUAUUAAAACCAUUUGUUGUCAUCCCUCUGUUUUGAUAUCAUUAUCCUUUUCUUUAGGAAAUAGCCAGAACAUUUCGAAUGGAAAUACAGGAACCGACUUUGAUAUCCUAAAUGUACUAUCCAGUGAGGGGUUUAAAAAAUUUGGUAAUCCAAUUUUAGACAUAUUGACAAUGACUCUAGACAACACGUGGUCGUUAUUCAGUACCCACCUUUGUGGAUCGAAAGCUGAAGACGUCACUAAUAAUUUUGUGAAAAUCUUUAAAGGGCUUCAACAGAAGCUGUUUCUGGAGGUCAAGAAAAGAUUUGAGUUGUGCAUUGGUACUAAAGAUACAACGCCUCUCCUUCCAACAUUGUAUGCCUUACACACUUUGCAUCGGUUUCUAUCCCCUUUUCAGCUCCUUGAAUUAGUAGAUUGGAUGUUCAAUAGAGUUGGGAUGGAUGAUUUGCCAACUAAGAUGUCCUUUUUAUCUGUUGGCUGUUCCUUAGCUUCUUAUGCUUUCAGCACUUUAUCUUUUUAUUUUCAGCAGUCAAGUGGAAACAGGGUUUCAUAUGAUUUGUUUUGGGAAAUGGGUGAAAGCAAUGUGAAAGCUGAUAUUUUUGAGCAGAUAUACAGUAAGGUAGUUGAUUUUUCUGUAAAUCAUGAAAUAGAUUGUGCAGAUAGCUGCUUGCUUGAAGCUGUUGAUGCUUUGUAUAAGCAGAAAAAUAUGCAACAAGAAAGUUUUCAUCCUUUGAUGUUGGUUGUGUGGAAAAUUAUAAUGAAUACUCCUGUGAAAAUGCUUUCUCUUUGCCUGUACAAAAUGAAUGCAAAGAGAGCUAGAUUCUUACAUAUUCUCACCGAACUGAGCUCUCUGCAUUCAUCUAUAUUUGGGCAUUUAUUUUUGGGCAUAGUGAAGAGAAGUUUAGAUCAUGAUGUUGGGGUUGCCGAAGCUUUUGAUCUUAGUCUUUCAGAAGAUCAGUUUAUAUCACUUUUACCGACCUCUUUAUCAUAUUUGAGGUUAAUUUUGAAGAGAUUUGGGGAUCUGAGUCACAGAGAUUUUAAAAAGAUCCCGUACUUCUAUUCAAAAAUCCUUCUAAAAGGUUUUAGUCAGUGGAAGAGCUUUUUGUCCAAAGACAUAUUUGAGGAAGAGUAUGGAGAAUCUGUCCCAUCAUCUGUUCAAGAGCUUCUCUGUCUUACUGAUUGUAGUCUCCUUGGAAAAUCAAUCCAUAUGUUGCAGUAUCACUUUGCUCUUAAUGGAGAUUCUCUGAAACUGAAGAACCGUUUGAAGCUAUUCAAAUCCAUUUGGCCCACACUUGCCUUGCAUGAUGAGCUGAUGGACUGUCAUAGUCAAUGUAUUGAUAGUUAUUCUCUUUGCCAGUCUUUCAACAUAAUCAAUCACGUUGUCGCAAAGAUAUCACUUUGUAAAAUGUUACUGUUUCAUGAUGAAGAAGGUGGGGAUUUGAAAGAGGUUGCUCUGGAAAUGCGAAGCAAUUUGAAAGCAUCCAGGAUACAUUUCAUAAAUGUUUUGGUGAACAUUUGGCAGCUUAUUGUUCAGAAAUUUUCUUUAUCCUCUCAUCAGUCUGGAACAGGGAAAAGCACAAGCAUUUCGUUGCUAUAUAAUCACUUGGAAGUUUUUGUGUUAACAACCAUUCUUGAGUUGGCUGUAGAGAUACAAAGUGAUCUUAUUCAAUCACAUUCCAUUACUUUCCUUGAGAUAUUAUUCAGGUCUGCUCUUCUCUAUAGGUUCAGUGAUCCUAAGACAAUGAAAACCCUCCAGGUUAUAUUAACUCGGCUCAACGAGGGGAGGCUAUCAUAUGAUUUAUACCUUCAGUUAUUACUUGCUCACUCUCAGUUUGCUCCCACUCUCCAUUCAGCGCGCAGACCAGCUGGUUCGUUUUUGAAGCCUGUAUCCAGCAUUUUGAAAUGUAUUGCCAUUCCUUUUCUUGACCAUUCAGAAAAUAAUGUGAAGCACAAGGUGCUAACAACCAAGCUCUCUAAAGGACCAUUGGAAAUUGUUAAAUUGCUUUGGAUAAUCUUAUGGACAAAAGCUCGUGAAACUGAUUUAGAUUCUCAAAAUGAGAUUGGCAUAAAUUUAAAAGAGCUUCAUGCACUACUGAGUUAUUCAUAUGGUGCAACACUCAGUGAGAUUGAUUUGGCAAUAUACAAUGUGAUGAAACAAGUUGAGUCCUUGACUGGAUCAUGCCCUCAGAAUGUAAAGUUAAAUUCAGAAGCAAUUGAGGAAUGGACCAGAAGUCAGCAAAGGGACAACUUUCCAAUUGAUCCAGACGUAUGUGUGUCAACAGUGCUCUUUUUUCCUUAUGACAGAAGUACUUCUGAUGAAGUGCCAUCUGUAAACAAGAUUGAAAUUGACAAUGCCAGGAAAAAGAUACAUUCUUCUCAUGUUGAAGUUAGAGAACGUUAUGAUCCUGUAUUUAUCUUGCAAUUCUCAAUUCAUGGCCUGUCUAAAGCAUAUAUAGAGCCUGUAGAGUUUGCUGGGUCAGGUUUGCUUGCAAUUGCAUUUGUUAGCAUGUCUUCUGCAGAUCAUGGGAUACGAAGAUUAGCUUAUGACACACUUGUUAUAUUUAAGAAUGUAUUAGAGAAAUGCCAAAAGAGGAAGGAUGUAAUGGGACUCCGGCUUCUAAUGAAUUCUGUUCAAAACAGUAUUGAAGAGUCAUGGCGAAGAAUCCCAUCGGUUAUUGCUCUGUUUGCUGCAGAGGCAUCUUGUGUAUUGUUAGAUUCCUCGCAUGAUCAUUAUGCAGCUAUAUGCACGUUCUUGACACAGUCUUCUACGAUGAAUAUGAAGGUUAUACCUCUGUUUGAUAACUUUAUGUGGAGUUCAUCCGUCAAUUUCAAAGCAGAGAGAUCUUGGAUACUUCGGCUAGUAUAUGCAGGACUGAACUCAGAUGAUGAUGCCAUGAUAUAUAUCAGGAACUCUGCUCUUGAAAGUUUAAUGAGCUUUUAUGUCUCUCCUCUCUCAGAUGCUGUGUCAAAGGACCUGAUCAUUGAAGUGAUAAAGAAAUCCAUUAAAGUGCAAAAGAUUGCUCGUCAUCUAGUGAAACGUUGUUCUCUGUUUUCAUGGUUAUCUUCUCUCAUCUCAGUUACUAGAAGAGUUGGGCCUAAUGGAGAUGAAAAUAGAUUUUUCAUGAAGCAUAUAUUGGUAGUAUUGAAGGUGGUCAAUGAUGUUAUUUCGUCUGGAAGCAUGUCCAAGUGGCUGCAAAAUCAUGGCCUUGAGCAGCUCACUGAGCUUUCAUCUAAUCUAUUCAGUUUCAUACUCCAUGAUGUAACAAUGACAGAUGAAUCUACGGAAUUAGUUAAUCCUUUUCUACAGAUGAUAGUGUCGGUGUUGAAAUUCUCUCAGAAAAGGAAAAUAUGUCAGCCACGUUUCACCUUAUCAAUAGAGGGUUUAUACCAGAUAUACCAAGCUGGCAGUGUGUGUAAUCAAGCUACAAAAGGCAUUUACCCGGAUUUUGCUCUUGAAGCCAUACUUAUGAGCGCACCACCUAUUUCCAUUUUCUUAAUGGAUCAGGAAAGGCUUCGUAAUUUUAUUAUUUGGGCAAUUACAACUGCGUUAGCGUCGGAUUCUUCACAAAGGUUGAGGUCUAACGAGUCUCGCAUUUUUGUCAAAAAAGAACUAGGAGAAGAGUCUCGUGAUGACUCCUUAGUGUCAAAAUUUUUGCGUUGGUUAACAGCAUCAGUAAUCAAUGGGAAGCUUCAUAAAAAAUCCAAUGAUAUAUAUUCAGGGUUUACAGAAACACAUAAGCUAGAAUCCCUGCAUUCUUUACUGGUGCAUGUAGAAAAUACCUCAGGACAAAGACAUGAUAUUAAUAUUGGUUGUGAGGAGUUGCUCGCUUCAACAAUUUUCUAUCUCCAACUGCUUCCUGGUAUAAAUCAGGAACUUCUACCAUCAGUUGUAUCUGCUCUCUGUCUCCUAACUUUUGGUGCCUCUAAUUUACAAGUGGGAAGAACCAUUUUAUUGCAAGACUACAAUACUAUCAUAUCAUCAAACUCUUUAAGGGUACGAUGCCCUCUUGAAGCUAAUCCAGAUUGGAGAUGGUCGUUUUACCAGCCAAGGAAGAAUCAAUCACUGGAGCUCACUGGCACUGGUACAGAAAAUAUGGCAGAAUAUCAUGCUUGCCAAACUCUGUUGGUGGUUGUUGCAAAUGUGCUUGGUGGAAAGAAAUUAGAGUCAGCUUGUUUGUCCCCUCUAGAUGUUGAGAUAUCUUCCUUAAUCAAAUGGGAAAGAAGUUUAUUGAGAAACUGA